GCCUGGUUGAGGCAGAGCUAGAGGCCAUAUUGGAAUCUAUGAAGUCGGCUUGCACUUUGAUGGAACUGAGUGUCUGUCGUUUUGGGAGUCUCUAAAAUCGCUCUCCCGGAUUUAUACCCGAGUGAUUGCGCAAGGCAUUCCACGUGAGACCCUGCCAAGAGUGGACGGCAAGUUGUCUCGCUUCUUUUGUGGAAAAAAAAUGAGUCCAACCGAUGCUAAACGAGGGGCUAAACGCAGGAAGAACAAGCGGGGCGGUGGCAGCAGCUGCAGUGCUGUCUGCAACACCAGCGGUGGCAAGGCCGGGGUCGCCUCGGCCCUGGGCUGUGCUGGGGGGGCAGCGACACCUGCCUCCUCUGUCGUCAGCUUCCUAACACCUGGCAGCAGCACAGGCAGCGGGAAUAUCGGCUCCAUCACGGGCAUAAACGGAGAGGUCAAAGUAAACAACAGUGUUACACCACAGUUUACGGAAGGACCAGUGAAUGCUGACUUCUCCGGGGUCCUUCAGACACCAUUCACGUUUGGCUUGAACCAGCGAGCUCCCUACACGGCCGGAGAUCGCUGCCUCUUAUGUCGGUGUGAGCGCAAAGACAGUGCCAUGCCUUCAGAGGCGGGGAUCCUGGGCCAGAACGGUACGGCACAGCCCAGCAAGACGCCCAGCGCCCUGCAGCUGCCUCUAUGGGUGUGCUCGGACUGCAGGCGCACAGUGGAGAAGGAGGACCGGCACACAGCUCUGGAACAGUCGUUGGGGAGCCAGGACUUCCUUUUGCACAUGCCUGUGGGUAACGGGAGCCUGGGCCAGGAGGCAGCCACCGGGGACAGACUGACCACUGCUGUGCCUACACUACCCAUGCUCCCUGCCCCCGACCUCACCGCACCCAUGCCUGCCGAUACAGUGUGCAGCUGCGAAGCCUGCAAUGAGAGACGGGAGAUCUCGGCUGAAUCGGAGACAGAGUCCCAGCAGCUACAGAACCACUGGUCGGAGGUUCGUUACCUGGUACGCUGCAUCUACCGUCAGACAGGAACACCGCUAGCAGACGACCACGACCAGCCCCUAGAGAGAGACAAGGACGGCAUGAAGGAGCUGGUCGACAGACUCUGUGAGAAGGACCCCUUCCAGCUGUAUCAACGGUUGGAGCAGCAAGCGCGUGAAUACGUCUUGGAAAUGAAGGUGCGGCUACUGAAGCACCUAUCGACAGGACCCAAGACUACAGGACCAGCGGGGACCGUGGCUGCAGCCCUGGGUCCUCCUCAGGCCUACCAGUUCAUUUCCCUGCUCCUGGAGGAGUACAACGCCCUCUGCCAAGCUGCACGCACCAUCAGCAGCUUCCUGCUCACCCUGGAAAAUGAGCACCUCCAGAAAUUCCAGGUGACGUGGGAGCUGCACAACAAGCACCUUUUUGAGAAUCUGGUGUUCUCUGAGCCGAUCUUGCACAGCAGUUUACCUGCACUGGUUGCACAGCUGAAACAUGGCACAGCCUCCCAUGAUUCAUACAAUGAAGAUAUGUACAGGACCUUGUUAGAAAGCUACCAUCAGCUGCAGCAGGAGAUGGCUUCAGUGGCUACUGAAUGGCAGGAGUGUGAGAAGAGGAUUGACGACUAUGUAGAUGAACAGCUGCUUUUUAAGGUGGAGGGUCAGAGCGUCACCAACCAAAGAACAGAGCCACACAAGUCCUUGAUUAGCAAAAAUACUUUAAAGACGAAGCAGCGAAUGCUGAAGGAGGACUGGGAGUUCUUCAAGCAGAGAAGAUUUAUAGAAGAACAGUUACCGAACAGUAAGAAGUCCCCGGCUGGAGAAAACAACUUCACAGACACUAUGAGGAUGCUCUCAUCUCGCCUGAGUAUUCCAGACUGCCCAAACUGCAAUUAUCGAAGAAGGUGCACGUGUGAUGACUGUAGUCUCUCCCACAUCCUGACCUGUGGUAUCAUGGACUCUCCCAUCGCUGAGGACCUCCACAUCAAGCUGCCCCUGCAGGGGGAACCUCCUCGUGACUACCUGGCCGAGGUGCACCCCCCCAGCCUCUCCUCCGGCAGCUCGGCGUCCGGCUCCAACUCCAGUUCUCCCAUCACCAUCCAGCAGCAUCCCAGGCUCAUCCUGCCUGAAGGGGACACCAACACUUUUAUCAGUGAUGAUGACGAAGUGCCUCCGUUGUCCAGUAAGUUCGGGGACAUCUACCCGAUGAGUGGUUAUGAGGACAACAGUGUUGUGGCUGCAGCUGUGAACGGCCUCCAUAAUGACAUGAACGGUGAAGGUGAAAACGUGGAACUAAAGGCUGGGUCUCCACGCAUGACCAGCAGCAGCAGCUCAUCAGAGGGUGACGAGGAGGAAGUCAACGGGGAGGUUGGAGGGGAGCCUCGAGGCCAGCAGGAGGAGCUUUCCUCAGGAAAGACCAACAGUCCUCCACCUUCCUACAACCACCAACAGGUAGAACAGGUCCACCAUGCCUGCGAGUGCCACGUGUGCAACCAGGACCCCAGCUCCUCCACCCUGGGCCCCGCCACAUGCCUGCCCCCUAGUCGGCUCCACGCUGCACCUCCUCCCCCUGUGGGACACCAGUUCUUCACAGACAGCAAGACCCCUCCUGCCCACCCCGCCCUGCACCUCUACCCCCACAUCCACGGUCACUUGCCCCUACACAACUUCUCCCGGCCCCUCCUGCACCCGACACUCUACCCCCCCAGUCCUCCUCUCACACACAACAAGCCUCUGCCCCCGAACCCGACAGCAAAUCACUCUGCGGCGAAGCAGCUGGCCUUCAGCCCGUCGUUACCAGAACACGUUUACCAGAACUGCUUCGGCGGCGCCGGCGGAGCAGGAGACUGGAACAGCUCGCUGCAGUGCCUCUCGCUCAAGUUUGAGAAUCUGUGGGACGCUGCUGUGAUGAAGAGCUGGAACCCGUCUGUGCUGUUACCGGAGUCUCUGCCAGGUGACAUGCUUGGCCCCCCCCUCGCUGACGUGCCCCUCCCCCCAACGUCAGCCAUCGGCCCCCAGGGGGAACACCCCUCGCUGCCCACUCCCAUCCCCCCCUCCUGCUCCACUUCCUCCUCGCUGUCCUCGUCUUCAUCGUCAUCGUCGUCGUCAUCGUGCUCCUCUUCAGAAGCCAAACAGCAGAAGAAGAGCGGCGCCAAGAAGAAGUGUCUCUACAAUUUCCAGGAUGCCUUCAUGGAGACCAACCGAGUAGUGAUGGCCACCUCCGCCUCCACGUCCUCCGUGUCCUGCACUGCCACCACUGUCCAGUCAAGUAAUAACCCACCCAUCCACCUAGCAUCUAAAAGACCCAACUCCUUAGACGAUGUAUUUCACAAUCUAGGUAAAGAGGACCAUAGGCAACCCGCUCCAGCUCCACCUAGAAACUGCCCCGCAGGACUGACCUCCCUCCCUCCACUGUCGGGCCCCACCCUCCCCCCAGCACCCACCACACACCUUCCCACAAUGGGAUCCCAGCCCUUUCCAAAGAUGGCCGCUCCAGCCCCAGACUUCAUGGAGGCCCAUCAGGGUCUGUGCCUCCCGCCCGCCGAGCCUCCGGCCCCCUUAGCUGAUUGUCCCGUCAGCGCUCCGCCCAGCGUCUGCAGUGAUCCUGACUGUGAAGGCCACCGCUGUGAGGGGAACGGGGCGUACGAGCAGCCGUACGAUGGCGAGGAGAGUCAGGACGAGGACAGCUGCUCCGAGCACAGCUCCUCCACCUCCACCUCCACCAACCAGAAAGAAGGAAAGUACUGUGACUGCUGCUACUGCGAGUUCUUUGGCCAUGGCGGGCCCCCAGCUGCUCCUACCAGUCGAAACUAUGCAGAGAUGCGGGAGAAACUGCGCUUGCGUCUGACGAAACGUAAGGAGGAGCAGCCGAAACGUGAGGAGCAGCAGCCGGUGAUAGAAGGACGGGACGGAGGGGUGGAGGACCACAGGCGGGUGGAGGACCUACUGCAGUUCAUCAAUAGUGCCGACAACAAACCGGCCUCCAGUUCUAAGGCAGCCAAACGGGCCCGGCAUAAACAGAAGAAGAUGGAGGAGAAGGCUCGUCUGGAGGCAGAGGCCCGUGAAAGGGAGGAGCAGCAGAUUUUGGAAGAGCAGCAACGGCGGCAGCGGCAGGAAGAGGAAGAGGCGGCGCUUCAAAAGGAACUGCUCCGGCUGCAAGAGUUGCAGCAACACCGCGCCGCCAAGAAGAAAAAGAAAGAGAAGGCAAAGGAAAACACCGCUCCCCCACAAAACAACCCACAGCCCCUCAAACAGACAGCUCAGAACGUCCUAGAUAACCUACAGAACGGAAAGUCACAGUCACUGCUCCAAUCCCUCAUCCGCCUCCCUGACCAGAAGGAAACCAGGUUCGACCCCGUACCCCGGCCCAACACACAGCACAGCCCAAAACACAAGAGUGACAGGGUGUUUUCUACCGAGACCAACAUCCCAAACUGUCAAGCCAUCCUCCACAACGGCACCCCCACAUCUCAGCUCGAGGCCAACAAUAAAGUCAAGGCCAAGCCGUCUGCUAAAGUGGCAGCUUGUGAGGUGGCCGUAAAGAAAGCGCCGGAGCUACACAAGAGCUCAGACGCGCCGGCGAAGCUAGCGAACGGCGCCAUCCCCACCAUCAGCGCUACAGCGGACGCCAAAGCGACGCGGAUCCGACCUGCUGAGGUUCCUCUCUCCACCGCUGAGCCGAGGCGGGAGGACAGGUGUAACAUCAGGAGCGCCAGCGGGAAAAGGCAGCAGCAGCAGCUACAACAACCGCUGACCCAAAACAAGGAGGACAGAAGGAGUCCCCCUGUGUCAAACCCCUCCCCGUCCCCCCCGCCGGCCUCCCAGUCCGACCAGCAGAACGGCAAACCUCCCAGUGCAGAGUCCCCACAGCCCAAAGGCAAGGCCAAGAAGAACAAGAAGAAGAAGGGGGACAAGAUGAACACCUCAAUAGAUGAUGUAUUCUUGCCCAAAGACAUCGACCUGGAUAGCACUGAAAUGGAUGAAACGGAGCGAGAGGUGGAAUAUUUCAAAAGGUUUUGCUUGGAUUCUGCCCGGCAGACUCGCCAGCGGCUUUCCAUCAACUGGUCAAACUUUAGUUUGAAGAAAGCCACGUUUGCUGCACAUUGAGGCCGUUAGUGAGUGACUGUCAGGACACAAUCAGUACCUUAACAGCUAUACCAACCCACCCGUCCCCUCCCCCGCCCCUCGCCACCACCCCUUUACCUCCAUCCGACUGUUGUCCUUCCAGAACUUCUCUCCCGCUGUGCCCAAAUCACACCCACGCUGCCUUGCUUUGUUCUUGUCGCUGUGUGGUUCCAACACAGACCCCAUCUGGACUGAUCCACCUGCAGAGCUAAAAACAAAAAUUAAAUUAAAUGACACAAAAAGAAUCACAAAAUGCUACUUUACAUCUGAUUUAAUUUUCCUUGCGUGCUUGUAUGCUUUUUAGUCUGAGUCGGGCAUUUCUCUUGACUGAAAAAAAAGCCAUGGUAUGAAAUUAUUUUUCUUAUAUUGGCUUACCUGUAGUCAAAAGAUGCUUACUAUGUCUGGAUGGUUCUCCCCCCCAACCCCUCCCCCCCCUCUACACCCCCCAAAAAAGAGACAAUGGAAACUACAAAAAAAGAGAAAUGUAUUGAAUUAAAAGCUGUAUUUGAGAUAUUGUGGCUUACUAUCCCGUCGUUUCCCGUUCCUAGCACGGCAUCUCAUCCACAUGAUUGACAAGGGAAUGGGCUUGGUCAGCUGGUCUCCACUCCCUGCUCCCCCCCUCCUCCUCCUCCUCCACCACCACCACCAACACCUCCUCCACCCUAUUUCACAGAAAGGAGGAAAGCGUAAUACUUGACAAUGUUCUUUUUUGGUUUUUAAGUUCUGUUUAACAAACUGUUGAGUAAAAGUGUACCAGUUACAGUUUUUGUUUUCUUUAUUUUUGACCUGUAGCCAGCUUGUAUCAGAAUACUUUCAGAAUGAAAUUGAAAAAGAACAAUACUCACACUAUCAAUCUGUUAUAGAGUGUAUAUUGUAUUAACACUGAAGCCAAACUGGCUACUUUUAACAUAUUGUUAAGUAAUAUUAAAUCUUGUCUUUCUUUUUUGAAAGAUGGAAUACAGUAGAAUGGCAGGA